CUUGAUGCUCGCUCCUUCUUCUGGGGGGUCGCCCCUGGAGCCGACAGCACCGUCUCUGGUUUUAUCGCCCUGCUGUCAGCUGCUGAGGCCCUCAGUCAUCUCCCGGACAUCGGGACACUGCGGAAAAAUAUCAUGUUCCUCUUCUUCCAAGGGGAAACGUUUGACUACAUCGGCAGCUCCAAGAUGGUUUAUGACAUGAAAAAUGGGAACUUCCCCAUCCGACUGGGAAACAUCGAUGCUUUCCUGGAAAUGAACCAGGUUGGUCAGGGCUAUUCGAUUUGGGCUCACACUGACCCGGUGUCUCGACAGAACUCCAGCAUUGAAGAAGGGGUCCAGAGUCUGCUCAAGUCGCUCUCUGCUGCCACCUCUGGGACAAACGUCACCGUGCAGGAGCCAGAUCGCAGCCAGCCCCUCCCACCUUCCUCCUUCCACAGGUUUCUCCGGGAGCAGUCCAUUCCGGGUGUGGUGCUGACUGACCACCAAGCUGCCUUCACCAACAGGUAUUAUCAGAGUGCUUAUGAUACGGCGAGGAACAUAGGACUGGAAUAUCCAGAAAACAUCACAGCUGAGCAAGCUCUGAACUAUGUCACAGACACAGCCCGGGCUCUGGCGGAUGUGGGCACGCUGAUGGCGAGGGCUCUGUACCUGGAAGCUGGAGGUGGGGGACAGCUGGAGGACAUCGCAGCGGACCCUGUGACGGUUUCCCGGAUGUUAUACUCGUUCCUGAUUCAGCCGAAUAAUUCCUGGUGCCGAGCCCUCCUGAGUGUGAUGGAGAAGAGGACUCUGGAUGAGGACCCGAUGAUGUUUUACAUCACCGCUGGCUCCCAGCUGAACCUGCCCACCCGGUUCGUCCAACACAUCUUGGCUAACCUGAGCGGCCAGGCCACAAACCUGACUGAGGAGGAGUGCCGCAACGUGGACAAACGGCCCCAGCAGGACCGCGAUCUCUACGACUUUCUGUGGAUCCAGGGCUGGCCGAGGGAGAACGCCACGGAGCCUGAGGCCUACUGCCUACGCAGCCCGGUCUGGCUGGUCCGCGCCAUCUCGCCGGCCUUCGAGCUCAAAGACUGGGCCUCUGCUGAGUAUUCCACGUGGACGGAGAGCCGCUGGAAAGGGAUCAACGCACGGAUCUUCCUGGUGGCCAGCAAAAAACUGGAGAUCAUCACACUGCUGACGGGGAUCGGGGUCCUGCUGCUGUCGCUCGUUCUCGUCUACUUCAUCAACGCCAAAGCCAACGUCCUGUUCACCUGCUCACAGGAGCACAGUGGCGCUACCUACUGAUCUGGAGGACUGCCUGGCUGAGGGGAGGCCAGGGGAGAGUGGAGUGUGUGUGUGUGUGUGUGUGUGUGUGUGUGUGUGUGUGUAUGAGAGAGAGAGAGAUGUGUGUCAACAUGAGAGAGAGAGAAAGACCUAAAAAAACUGAAGGCAGUGUCAGAGAGAGAAACUCCAGGGCAAAACAGAGAGAUGGGGGGGAGGGGGGGUACGAUGGGAGAAAGAGACACUCCAGGUGAAAUAGGGGGAGGGAGAGUGACUGUUGGUGUGUGAGAGAGAGAGUGAGAGCAUGUGUGUGCGAGAGAGAGAGAGAGUGUCAAGGUGAAAUGGAGAGAGAGAGGGGAGUGUGUGUUUGAAGGAGAGAGAGACAGACAGAAAGACUCCCAGUGAAACAGAGAUGGAGAGCCUGGGGAGUAUAAGAGAGUGCGGGAGAAACUGUGGGGUGUAAAAUGAAGAGCUUGAGGAGCAUGUGUGUGGGAGAGAGAGGAGGGCAGUGUGGGAGGUGGCUGUGUGUAUAUCUGAUUUUAUUUAACUCGGAUCGGGUCUGGGGGUGGGGGGUGGGGACCGUGACUGGCUGAGGUAUUGCACAGUGCGAGGGCAGCUGUCCUCGGCUAUUCAACUCGGUGGAGAAGCGCAGCCUCCCCUCUCUGUGCCCUCUCCCACCUCCUUGGGUGGGAGGGGGGGGUGGGGUCGCGAUGAAGUCAGACAGCUUCCCAUCCCCCCCACCCCCCUCCGUUUCUGGGGCUGGGCGACUGAUGUUCCAACGAGACGCACAGGGUUGGAGCGGGAAACAGAGAGGGGCUGGGGCACCGUGAAACGUUGACGUGUUUCAGGCACUUGGUGACGGAAUUAAAGGUGAGGCUGGAUCUCCUGCC